CAACUACAACCAAAGGAAGCACAAAUAGUAUUUCUAUGCUUUAUUUAUACUAUAAAAAAUUUACGUGCAUUAGUAUUAGCAUAUAGAAAUAAUAGACAAGUGGCAAGGAACGGUAAAAGAUGAGGAAGAAACGAAGCUUAGUCAAGAAUGAUUAUUUUCCUAAACCAGAGGCAGUCUUAGUGGCUUGUUCAAUACCACGAGCAAUUGUACUACGGAUUUUUCCGUCUUCCAAUGCCAACAAUCCGCUAAUCGUACACCCAGCUGGAGUAGAAACGUCGUUACGAAUCUUUGCAGGGUGUUGACCUUGUAAAACCAUUUGUCCGGUACCAACCAUGGUUUGGGCGGCAAGUUCCUGAGCCUGUGCAAAGGGAAUUCCCAUCAUAACACCACCAUCAGUCAUGGCUUCAAUCAUGGUAGCAACAAAGGCGGGUCCACUACCACACAUGGCAGUAGCAGCAUCAAUGAGUUUUUCAGGAAGCUUCAUAGUACGUCCAAUUCCGUUAAAUACCCAUUCAGCAAAUUCCACAUCUGCCUCCGUAGCAUUGGGAGCAGGACAAAGCACACUCAUACUUUCACGGAUGCGACUAGCGGUGUUGGGCAUGAUACGAAUAAUACGAGUGCUGUCGUCCAACAAAGUCUUUAAGGAAUCAAUUGUUUUACCGGCCAAAAUUGAUAAGAUCAACUUUCCUUUUAAUGCCUCCUUCAUGCCUGGAGCACUUAAUACCUCUUCAGCACCUUGAGGCUUGCAACUAAGCAACAAAACGUCGCUUGCUUUCGCCUUUUGAACAUUUUCUUCAGCGGUGACGGAAAUUCCAACCGUUUCACCAAACAGCUUUUCAAUAUCACGGGCUUCUUGAGCAAACUUUACACAAGCAUAGAAUCUAUCGGGAACCGAUACAUUCUUAGAGACUUGCUGAUCUUGCUCUUUGAUGGAGUCGAAGAUACCGGUCAAAAGGGCUUUGCCCAUAGUGCCGCAUCCGAGCACACAAAAUCCUGACAUAUUAAUUUCUUUUAUAUUCUUCUUCUACUAGUUUGCCCUUAAUAAACUCAGCAACGGUAGAAAGAGACUAGUACAUUUUAUCUUUGAUUUGUUUGAUAUAUCAUCAAUUAAUGUGACUCGUUGAGUUUCCUAUUGUGCUUUAUCGAAUGCUACUGUACAUUCGUUAAAUUAUUGAGUUUCUGUGGUUAUCCUAUUAAUAUAUGAUAAUAUUAUAUAUUGAUAAAUUUCAAGUUUUAGAAGCACGAGUUGUUUUAUACUCAUUAUACAUAUAUUUUUUUUACUUAAAAAGAGAUUUCUUGAGUGAAAUGUGAAACAUUGAACCUAUAGGGAUCGAAAAGAAGUCAUCACGAAGUGUUGGUAGUUGACGCAUUCAUUUUCGACACACUCUCUACGACACACAACGUCUGGUUUGCGAAAAGCUUGAGUUAUAGGACUUUUUUCUUUCUUUUGUAUUUUCUUAUUAAAAAUAUGUCAAAUUUUCAAUAUUGUAUUGAGUGUAAUAACAUGCUAUAUCCAAGAGAAGAUAAAGUGACAAGAAUCCUUCGAUUAGCAUGUAGAAAUUGCGACUAUUCAGAGGUUGCAGCCACUAGCAAGGUCUAUCGACAUGAGUUGAUGACAUCGAAUGUCGAAGGUCUUCAUUUCUCUCAAGAUGCUGCUACUGAUUACACUCUUCCACGGACUGAAAAAGAAUGUCCUCGUUGUCACCAUCAGGAAGCCGUUUUUUACCAGAUGCAUUCCCGUCGUGGUGAUUCAAGAAUGACAUUGGUAUACGUAUGCGCAGGUUGCGGUUUUGCGUACGAGGAUCAAUAAUUCAUGAAAUCACCUUACAAAAAAAGUGUUUCUUAGGAAUUACGGAUAGUUUACGAGCCGUUUACGUUGGUAUCAUUUGUUAUGCUGACCUUUUUAACUUCCUUUCAUACUACGAUACUGGUUUGAUUGAUAGGACCAGCCACCUAAAGCGAAUAUCGAUUCACCAGCCACCUGGUGACAUACCCCUUCGUUCUUUAUAAUGACCCUUCCCUCCUUUCCUUUCUAUAUUCGAAGAAUAUUUUUUGUACAUUUCAAAAAAUA